GGUGUGAUUUGUAUUUGGAUAUUUGUAGAAAACAUAUAGAAAAUGUUACAACCGAGGAGGUGGUUAACGUUGGGAGUGGCGCUAUUUUUAAUUUUGGAAACUGUUCAAGGUUUAGAUAACAUAAAUACGUCGCCAAGAAAAAGAAGAGAUAAUGAUAAAGAUAUCACCACCGUUCUGCUAGUGGACAACCAUGGCAAAAAUUCCCUAGGGAGGUUCUUAAGCGUAAAACCUGACUUAGGACUAUUAACAUCUACUGCACGUACAUUUAUCCAAGAUGGUGUCACCACCGAGUACGCUACACAAGUGCUCGGUACAACCCUGGACAAUGGACGACUUUACGCUCACUUACUUACAAAGACUAGUCGAGUGGUGUACGACCAUGACUCACAAACAAAAUCAUAUGAUCCGCAGAGCCAUAAGAACCAAUGGAACUUGGAUGAACAUCAGAUUGUUAAUAAACAUUUCAUUCGGAACACUGAUUACAUAUCCCCUGAUUCUCCUCAGGCCGUAUACGUGUUUCCUACUUCCACUGUUAACUCUUAUCAUUCUCCCAGUUCCCUACAAAAUAUUGACCCAGAGAUCCUAAAUGAGGCUCAGUCCAACAAUGCGCCACUAUCUUUUGAGGGUCAGAAUAAGCAAAUCAUUCGACCACAAGGUCUUCAGGUUAUGAAAGUAAACGCUCAGAAAGACUUCACUCACGAAAAUCUCAUCAUUCACAAUGAUAACCCAGCUGACCUGGCCUUUAAUCCUUCGAAGGUGAAAGGAUGGGACAAUCUGCCGACUUAUACAGUCAGAAAUGAGUUUUCGCCCUCAGGCUUUUCUUACUUGGGCAAUCUUCCAGAGUCCGAAGUUCGGACUGAAAGAUCUCGAUUCACCACGCAGUCUGAUCGAAAAGCUCGACUGUUAUUCAAAGCAGGCCUUGUUAAGCCCAACCCUAAAGACCUGCAGACUGUCACCUAUACAGGAUUUGCUGACUUCACCACCACUGUAGCUGAUACCGUAAUAGUUUUCACUCCGCAUACAAAUGAGCCAUUACAAAAUACUGCUCAAGUCACUAAAAUUGCUGUAGAACCAACGAUAAAACCUACGAACACUUUUAAAUCGUCACUUGCCACUAAAAAAGUCGAAAACACCCCAGUUACAGAAAAGUAUUAUCCCGCUUUUCUCACAACUGAAGAGAAUCCCACUACUACUCUCCCUACGACAACAGAAAGUGAUGAAGAAGAUCCCGAAGAAGUAGGAAAUACAUCGGGACCGAACACGAUGAUAAUUAACAAAGAAGACAGAGAUGGCAAGGAAAGGACUCCCGAUGAACCGAUAGACUUUGCUGCGAAAUUUUCCGUACUUGCCAAUGAACAGAAGCAGGAUGGAGCUCCUGUUUCAUUUACGCCAGAUAUUAUCCAACCUUCAGAAACGCAACCCGUUCUUCUGUCAACCCCAAGUGACGAAGACAUUGCAAAAAUAUUGGCAUCUUUACAAGCGCAAGCUAUGAGCGCCACACAGCCUUUGGAAAGUGCAAAGCCAUCGACGUUGUUUUUCGAUGACGAGCAAGAAUCUACGAGUGAAGUAACAACGCCGACAAUAAAGAGUAUUGGAGGAGCAACAACUAUUUUCUUUGAAGAUGACGACUUUUCCUUUGAGCCCAGCACUACACAAAGUGCUGCUGUCGCCACAACAUCUGCAAUCGAAGCAAUACCAAUACAAACUACAUCCGAAAAGCCUUCUACAACCUCAGAAAUUCCAGAGACUACAACGACAAAUGAAGAAACGACCACUGAAGAAAUUGAGAUGACCACAGAGGCAGUUACAGCUCCUCAGAUUCUACAAAACGAAAUUGAAUCCGCAGUAUCGGAAAGCGUUCCGGCAGAGUGCACUGAGGGUGUAAAAGUGGUGCCUACAACUGCGUAUAAAACGCUAACAUAUCUAACCACGUUCUAUAUUCCAUCAGAAGAAACUACCAGCACAUCUAUAAAGUCCCAAGUGGUAGUAUCAUCUGAACUUUCCUCUGCAACGCUACCAUGUAGUGACAAUGAGAUUCAACCCACGACAGUUUUGGAAACUACAACUGAAGCUACACAAGUGCCUGUUACUGAGCCUACUUUUACUGCAACUACCACUACUUCUGAACCGUUAUUAACAGCUACAGAACAAGAAGAAAUGCAGACUACGACGUUAACUAAUGAACUGUCCGAUGAGGAUGAAGAUGACGCCUUCUCUACUCAGCCGCAUGAGAUUACUACUGAAAUGAGACAUGUUACAGAAUCCGAGCCGGACACUACUGAAAGUAGUACAGAUGAAGAUGAUGAAAUAGAAUUAAUAUUCAAAACAUUGUACACUACCUACACAUAUUUGACUACCUACUUCCAAGACUCCACUAGUUCUGUAGCUAGUAGGAUUGUUGUGACUACCAACGUAAUAACAUCCACACUGGAUCCAGCUAAUGAUGCGUCUGAUCCAGCCCUUGCAGGACUGCUUCGUGAAGACGAGAAGAUUGUUCCGUCUCGAACGGUGUCCUUUGAUGAUCUGGCUGGCAUUCAAUCGACAUCGGGCGCAGCUAAUGCUUUUCCGUCAGAUCAUUCCGAAGUCGAAAAUAAUCAAGACGAGUACAAUCCUGGAAUUGCUACUCCAGCUUUGGAUGAGAAACAUUUACAGACAGUUAAUGGAGUUAAGACUUUCUACACCACCUACACAUACUUUACUACAAUAUUUGUGGAUGGAGAAACGGAGAUUUCUAGCAGGACAGAAGUUUAUACGAACUAUGUGACUCCAACUGCGGUAAGUGAGGGAAGUGCUGAUAUUUUAGCAACCGCAUUAGCUGGAGAUGGUACUGAUGAUGAUGACAAGGAUAGUUUGGAAUAUCGUUUAAGAAACCUGAAAUUGAACGUUGCUAAUAACUACAGCAGUAUUAAUAGACAGAAGGUGAAUAGUAUUGAAGCGAAACGCUCAGAAAACGAUGUAAUCAACAAUGUAAUUCCAUCAAAAACCCAGAAGGGCGAUGGGUAUAUUACACUGACUCAUAGGGGAAAUAAAGUAGAAAGUGAUAACAGUAUUGUGGAUCUUAGUGAUUAUGAAACGAUAUCCACAAUGGUGACUGACGUGCGAAGCAGCACUUCAAAGGGCGACGAGAGAAUAAUCGACACUUUAGAUAAGCGCAAUAUUUUGCUGGAUGACCAAAUUGUUUCAGAAAGCAACAAUGAAAGUGAAAUAUUACCAUCACCGCCCACAUUGCUGUUGCAAACAUCUUACACCACAUUUACUUACUUCACCACCAUGUAUCAUGGCACAACUUCAAGUGAUAUUGCCAGUCGACUGGAAACAGUCACCAAUGUUGUUACAACUACAAUAACUCCAACUCAGACAUUGAAUACUGAAGAUGUAAACCUGCCGGUCACCUACUUUACCACAUUCACUUAUUGGACUACACUGUACAAAGAUGGUCAAACGAAAAUCACCAGCAGGGAGGAAACGGUUUCUAAUGUUGUGACUCCUGGUUUCAAAGCAACUGAAGCUCCUGAAGCUAUAAUUCCCUUAAUGACAACUAAAUUAGAUGAGGGACAGGUGAUACAGCCAACUCCAACGGUUGAAGGAAGCGUUCGCCCAACUGAAACUCCUGAUGUGAUUAUUCCAUCCACCGUAGGCGAGGAUGAGUUGACGACGUUUUACACCACAUACACUUACUAUACCACGUCUUAUCUAGGUGAUGAAACAGUCCUGAACAGUAGGCUGGAAACUGUAACCAACGUGCUGAAUAAAACCGAUGAGGCUGAUGACAGUCAACAGGGCAGAGCUAUCAAGUCUGGUGGAAGCAACCAAGUUGAUAGUGUUGAUCCUACCAAAGCCGAUAUAAAACCAACAGGGCUUUUAUCUACCAUUGUAAACACAGUAGACAAUAAUGGUACUUCGACUAUAUUUUCCACUGACGUGUUUGGUACUUACAUCGAUGGACGUUACGCAAAAGUCCUGGAAAGUAAGUCUUCAGUUUUGCCUGUUAACAUUACCCCUAGCUCCGUUGUGGAGGAGAGUCUCAAACCAACCGGAGUUGUAAGUAUAAACCAAGGAAAAAUUGUGGAUGCUGAUGGAAUAAGUACUUUGCUAUACACCACUCAAGCCAUCGGCACCUACAUAGAUAACCUGUAUUCCCAAGUUAUUGAGAGCACCAGUUCCCUAGCAGUAGACCAAGAAAGAAAAGCUGCCUUGGGUAGUGACCUCCCUGUGGCUCACCGCACAGGUCUGGUCAGACUGAUCGAGGGAAGUAUAGUGCAAAAUCAAACAACCACGCUCUAUGAGAGCAAAGUGUUGGGUACCAUCAUAGACGGGCGUUAUGCUCAAAUUAUUGAGAGUACUUCCAGUUUUAUCCUGCCCACUAUUAGCCCCAGUGCUGUUGUUACCGACAUAGUUCCCACUGCAACCAAGCACCUGGGUGACCAAGCAGUAAUAUCGCCCUCGCCUGUUGUACUCGAAGGAUCCUUAACGGAAACUCAAACAGACAGUGAAGAAACAACUACCGAACCGAGCAACGACGAAGAUGACGAGGAAGACGGUCGUGGCAAGUCCAGACUGAGUUUCCAAUCUAAAGCCGCUAAGAACAAGUUCACUCCAGCGAUCCGUCCAUUCGCCUCUCGGCAACGGCCAACUUUUGCGCCAAAACGUAACAAGGCUGGAGCAACAACUGCAGCUACUAUAACGCGAUCUGACUUCACCCCAACAGUUACUGCAGUACCGGCAUCUAAAAUCCGAUUUGGUGGCGGCAGACGAGGAUCUUCGAGUGUUAAUCAAGCUAUCCAACCCACUGCUUCAGGCAGUCGACGAUUCUCUAGACCUAAAGCGACCAGUUCCAGCAGGCGAAGCAGUGCCAGUCAAGUUAAGGCAACGUCGAGUGGGUUCAAACGAACUGGACCAUCACGAUCAUCAUUGGGUGGUGCCAAUAUCAGACCCAGUUCACUAUUUGGAGGCAAUUCGAGGUUCCGCAUUAGGCCUACUGCAGCCAGCGGCCUAAGUCGAUCUUCCAGUUCCAAAAUUAUAACCGAGACGCCUCCGGACAGUGAAAAUGACUUGACAACUAGUAUAACGGAUAAUCCCACUGAUAGUUCAGGAGAAGCUGGCGAUACAACAUUGCCGUUGCAAACCAGUACGGAAUCCAUUAGGCGAACUAAUCCAUUGUUGCGCUUCAAACGGCCACCUGUAUCUAGAGCCAAUCCUAGUGUAAGAACGACAUCCAAACCAGCUGUUCGCAAUACUAAUUCGUUUAAAUCUAACCGAGCCACAAGUACGACUUCUAGACCUAGAACUACCCCUGCCAGGCCGAAUGCUUUACUAAACAGACCAAGAGCUGGCGGUCUAUUCCCUAGACGGAAUCUAUUCACGACCACGACGACUGCGGCGCCAGAGGAAGAACUGGACGAAGAAGUUUUAGAUGAAGAAGGCGAAGAAGGUGAUGAUGAUGACACCGACUAUGAAGGAUCACAGCGACACACUCAGACAGAAGCAGCACCAACAACGCCAAAAGCCACUCCUAGGCCUAACGGCAUUCAAAUUAAGCCAUUCAGGCGACGUUCUAAGCGGCAAGCUACAUAUUCCCGAUUCAGGAGGCCUACUGGUCGAACGACCGCUGCUCCUUCCACAUCUCCCACGCCAGAAGUAGUGGCGGAGCCGUCUUCUCAACGAACUCCCUCAUUUAGAAACCGAUACCAAAGUAAUCAAUAUCGAUCUGGAAAGUCACAGCUGUCCACACAGCCACAGACAACCACUGCUGCUCCUGUAACGCAACGAAAACGCAUUUCACCCAGCAAACCUCAAACCAGUAGAGCGCAGUUUACGCUGAAAGGAAAAGACACUAUAAAUAGCAGGAAUAGUGGCUUGCAAGCUAGAACCACUAAUAGGCGCACUACAACGUCAGCACCAAAGCCUAACCGCAAGUUCAGAAAUGGAUAUAGCACAGAAGCAUCAGUAAGAAGAACGACGGCAAGCCCAAGACGGGUUGCCAAAGGAAGAAGCACUAGUAGUCGAAGGGUUUACGAGCAGAAGAUAGAUGACAAUUUCGUUGUGCCAAAGUUUGAUGGAACGAUCACUGUAACGUAUAAAAUUCCUACUGAGGUUACCAUUCCAGUAGUCAACGGUAAAAUCACUGAAUACAAAAAUAUAGUCACAGCUAAACUAAGCACGGAGGUGCUGGCCCCCAACCAAUAUUCAACUACCUUAAAUCAUCUGGGGAAAGAAGUGAAAGCUCUGCUAACUGAGAAUUCUUCAGUGAAUAACAACGGAGCUACUCUAGUUACGCAGUUCCUGCUAAGUGAAUCGCCCACUACCACCGUUAUAUUUACUCCCACUCAAAUCAGAGGCCGCAAAACUUCCUUCUCACAUGUCAUCCCAAGUACAGUAUAUCAAGUGGAAGAAGUGGUAAAUACCAUACAGCCAGCCCUGGCCAAUCAAGCUCCCUUAGCCAAUAUUCUGCUGUCGCAACUACUAUUAGGAGGCGGAGUGCCUGCUAAUCCCUUACUGGGGCUUCAAAACAACCCCGGUGUCCCAGCAACUCCCACAACUGAAUUUAACACUCGCACCACCACCUAUGUCACUACUGUUACAAGCACUCUGCAGACUGUUAUCCCUCUGACUUUUAGAGGAAAGGAAAUUUUAACCACCAUCAGUGAAACGAGUACCCAAGUCGUCACUGCCACGGAAUUUUUAACUGACACAGUGGUCGUUACUCCUACUUUGCCAGUGUUUGCCUCUUCGCCCCAAUUAAACACUUUGCUUUUGCCACUUUUGCAACAACAACUACAACAACAACAACAACAACAACAACAGCAACAAGCUAACCAGGCAUUAUUGCCUCAAAUUGCUCAAGUUCCCGCCAAUGUUUUCAAUUUGAACGAACCCCCACAUCAACAGUUAUUGGUUAAUGAUGAACUGGAAGAGUCGAAUAUCGCUGAUAAUGAUGAAAUACAAAGUCCUCAAUCUACAGAAGUCACGGCUGCCCCCAAGAGAAAGCCAAAGAAAAACAAGCGCAAACCCGCAAAGGUAGAACCACCAAAGGAAACUAGUGUUAUUACUUUGUACGUAUCUGGAAGGACACCCGGAGACUUCACUACUGUCCUGUCUACAGUUACUGUAGGCGAAAAUGCGAGAAAAAGAAGAUAUGCUGCUGAGACUCCAGUCAGACCAUCUAAAAUCGUAGGCGAAGAUCUAGUCAGCAGCACCCAAGAAUAUUUUGAUCGCUAUGUGGAGCCAGCUACUAAAGAAAUAAAUAUUGAUGCAUCGGAUGUAGGAUCUAAAGAGACUGAAAGUCUGGAAAGUAUCAUUGGCGAUGUUCCGAAACAUCUAAAGACAAAGACUGCAGGCUAUUUCGCCACAAAACCUUCCAAAGCCACCAUGAAAUACUCAAUCAAAUACGUAAAAGCUUCUGACGGGAAGGUGUUGAAAAAAGCCAACCUUGAUGGUGAUUUUUUAUCCUAAGAGCUUAGCAAUCAUCUAGCCCCUGAUAAUGCCAAGGUCGAAACGUCUAUCCUAAAACCGGGGGGCAAUUUUAGUGAUACAGAUGGAGACACACCUACUAACAAAUUUAAUCGCGUUUCGAAAAAUAUUGGCAAAUCAAACAAUGAUUUUUUUGUACAUAAUUAUGAUAAAGGAAAUUUAUAUAUAGAGCUUAGUAAUAGGAAUAAAAGAGACUUAGAUAGUGUUAAUGGGAAUGGUACGAAAAAUGGAAGAAGGGUAGUUAAAAAACUCAUUAGAAAGCAGCUAGUUAAUGCAACUGAGAAAAAUGCAGGAAGAAGCAUUGAAAAUCUGACGGAACCAAUUUCUAACAGGAAAAGGCGGCGUAAAGUUAAAAUAAAGAAGCGAAAGCUCUUGCCACCUCCCAAAGAAGUGGUAGAUAGUAACUAUUUAAGAGGUUUGGAGGAGCAUGGACAAGAAGCUACAAAACCUAGACGGAAAUUAGUAAUAACCAGAAAGCGUAUCUUGCCGAAUAAAAAUAAAACUAACAUUAUAGAACCCACAUCCGUUGCAGAAACGAUACCGACCACAAUGAUGAUGGAAAAUAGCAAGUUUGAUAUUCAAAUAGAAAAAAACCAAAUAGAAAAACACUUUCGUGAAAGUAGAUUAGGUAAAGGAAAUCAAUUUCUUAAUGUUAAUUCUGACGCGGCACUAGGCGAAGAUGCAACUGAGGAGAACUUAAUAGACGUCGAAAACUCAACAGAAUCGCAAGAAUUCAUAAAUAACAAUGACGAAAAAGAAGACGAAAUUAAUGAAGAAGAUGAUGAUGGUGAUUAUGACGAUGAGUAUUAUGAUGAUGACGAUGAGGGAUUUGAAAGUGACGAAGACGAUGAUUACGAAGAAGAGUAUACCGACGAUGAGGGUAAAAAUGAUGAAGAAACCACGGAGGAAUCACUAAGUCAAUCGGAGACAACUACGGAAGAAAACCAGAUGGUCAGCGUGAAUUCAGAAAAUCCUCAAACAAACAACACUGAUCCCGAUUCCCAAUCCCUGCCCGAAUAUGAACCUUUCUUUCCUGAAUUAACAGAAACAACAGAUGUUCCAGUACUUCUUUUAAAAACGACCGUUGUAACCAAUGUGGAGUUUGAAACCAAAACGAUAACGACAACCAGAUUACGAACGUAUACAUUCGUUGUUACGAGAUUAGCUGGCGAUGAGGAAAUCAUAACAUCAACUACUGAAAUAAAGCCGCAAAUAAAAACGACUACUGUAACUGAAAGUUCUACUCUGUUUACGACUCUGACAUUACUUGAUUUGGACAGCAUGGACAAAACUGAUGUACAGCCGACUUUCCUUCCAACUUUGGAAUAUAAUCCUUCUUCUCUGUCUAACAUGGAAGAUAAUCCGGAUUUCCGUGAAGAGCCGAGAAAUUUGGCUACACGAAUUAUGUCCAAUGGGGUGGAAGUCAUUGUAGCUGGGGAUAAAUCGACCUAUCCAGGAGAUAAGGACUUCAAAAGAGUACUGCCAAGUAGUCAAAGGCACAUCACUUUAAAGCCCAGUACUUUAACUGAUCAUAUGUUACUAGUAUUGCCGCAGGAAACGAGCAAUGUUGAAAGCUUAUCAACAGCUCUGGAUCCAAAUCAGUUCGUGGUGAAAACAUGCCUUACCACUUUCACUUAUCUGACAACGUAUCUGGAAAAGGGCAGUACCACAGUUUCCAGUCAUGAGCAGGUCGUAUCCAAUGUAGCUACGGAAGAACGAAUGAAUACCGGAAAAAUCCUACCCACACCUGCCGUUGGAAUCACUUUAACCCAGUAUCCAACUCUUUCCGUUGGCGUUUUCCACACCACUUACACCUACCUAAACACCAUUCUAGAUGGUGAGCAACCUUUAGUAAUUUCCUCUCAGCAUGUUGUGGCCAAUACCGUUACGGCGCCAGAUGACUACCUAUCUUUGCUCAAGCCAUCAGAAGUUCAAAGGCCUGUCAAAGACACAAAUACCUACAUUAGUACAAUAAACCUAGAAAAAACACUGUACGAAGGCGAGAAGCAAAGUGUGAUCAGUACUCAAGACGUAGUGACCCAAGUGGUGAUCACAGAGAGUGUUCCUCCAAAGGCCCGCCCAGUCAUGACAUCUUAUAUAGCUUUGGACAUGAUCCAAGAAGCACCUAAAGUGGUUCCAACUACCACAGAUGUUACAAAAACGUAUUCCGUGACUUACACGUACUUUAACACAGUCCUGGAGAGUGGAAAGCCUGUAGUAUACACUAACGUUUCUACUGAAAGUGAAGUGGUGACUGAAAAAGUACUCAUGCAUCCGAAAAAGACGACUUCCAAAACAGUGACGAACGCUACAAGAGUGGAAAGUCCGAGCAAGCAAGUUAAUAGCAAGGUGAGUGCCUUGAAAUUCGAUAUUCUUGCCACCAGAAUAUACUUCACUACCUUCACGUACUUCACAACACUCCUCAAGGAAAACGACCCUCAGCAAACCACGAUUAUAAACUCAAGAACUAAAGUGAUACAAAAUGUGAUAACAGAAACUUUAGCACCCAGUCUAUUUGACCCCCAGUAUCUGGCUUCUUUGUCUGAGGAUCUAAAAGUUGGAUCUGGUAGUAUUCAAAAGCUGGCCACUUUAGUAGAUGGACAGAAAAUGGAAAUUACUGUACAUGCCAAUGAAAACCAUAACGAAAUCAAUCCUACUAACGUUUUGCCUAUUAAAAAAACCCAAAUGCCUUCAAUUGAGUCUACGUCUAAACAAUCAUCAGUUACAUCUAGCGCUAGUUUGGAAGGAAGCUUCGGCUCAUCGAAGCCGAAUAUCAUCACUGGCUCCACUAUCGUUUUUAUUGAUGAUGAUCCCUUUGCAAAUUUGAUACCUACUCCAAGUUUGAACACUGAUUCAACAAAAAUCGACAUAAUCAAGAGCAGCAGUAUUGUGAAAAAUAACCUGGGAUCAUUGUUGGCUUCAGAAGUAGUGAAGGAAACCACGGUGGAUGUUGUAACUAGCAAGGUGAAGCGACCGGGAAACAAGAAUAAAAACAAAAAUAAAAACAAAGUUAACACUACAAAGCCAUCAACAGCAACUCAAUCUUCCAGUAGUAUUUCAGAAAAAAACGUGAAAAAGAAUGACAAAAACAAAAAAGUCAUCGCACCAGCAAAAGCUACUCUUACCAAACAACCGGAGGCUCCAGCUGGUGACUUGUUAGGUCUUGGGUCCAUCAAUAUCAAUACAUUGCAAGCUCUAACGCCAGUGUUGAGCGCUAUGGCAGGUUACAUCAACAAAAACUUGAAAAGUAACCGAAGAAAUGAUGUAAAUAGUACUGUUGACCGUGUCGAAACUCCGAUCUAUGCAGCAAACUCGCAAAAUAAACAAGACACUCAGAGUAAAAACCACGUAGCUCCGGCUAUUGAUGUACAAAAUAGAUCACCAGUCUAUAUACCGGUGGGAGGGGUUGUAGGGGAUGAUUUUGAAAUUGCUGAAAGUCAAAAUAUUGCUACGUUCGAGUGGAACGACUCUCCAAUUCAGCCUCAAGCUUUAGGUCCUUUACAACAUGAAGCGCCAUUGCUCGGAAACAGUGGUAUCUCCAUCAGUCCUGGAGAUGUUAUUACGGCAAAUUCGGACGUGAUAGUUGGAAAACCGGGUCGAGUAGGACCUAGAUUGCCAGCAACUAUUCCCUUGCAUCACGAAUCUGUUAACGAAGUCCCAGUCGGGAUGAAACCACCCCCGUUACCCGAGAAGCAAAACAACUGGAGAAGCAAAAACAACAAUGCUGAACGUCGGCCACAAAUUCCUUUAAUUGUUGACCAAGUGCCGGCCCAAACUAACAUUAUUCAUGCUCCCAAUCAGGACGAUUAUGUGGGGCCGCCACCGCCAGUGAGGGAAAAUAAAGAUAAAUUCAGGGGUGAAAAGCGCAAGCAUAUCCCGUUGAUCCCCCAACGAAGGCCUGAGCAAAGUUACAAACCAAAUGGGUAUGAAGACCAUAACCAGCAUCCAACAGACAACCAAUUUAACCAUUAUAACAUGCAGGGAGUCCCCCAAAACAAUAACGGGUUUAGAGAGAAUGGAAUAGCGCAGAAUAGCGAUCAAAUUAAUUUCGCGUCCAAGUACGCACCGCAGUAUUCCGGAGAGCAGCACAACCCAGCAGGAGUCGUUGGAAACUUCCACAAUUCUGGCCCUGGAGGACAACAUUUACAAGAAGCCAUCAGCAACAACUACCAAAAAGAAGCUCAAAAGCAAUCUUAUCCUAUUUAUGCAGCUAAUCAGAAACCUUUGAUAGUAACGUCCAUUCCCAUAGUCCUGCCCGAGGUGGUGGAGCGCAGCACUGGGCAACCUCUGCUGGUUCAACUGCAGCCUUCACAGGUCGCCUUUGUAAAUAUACCAGUCAACAGAACAACAGCCUUAAUAUAUGGAGGCUCGACCGAGACCCAUCAUAAUGGCCAAUAUUUUGAUGAUCCCAGCCCAUAUCCUGAACCGGAAUUCAAUCCGAUUGAAGGGUUCAAAAAGGGAAUUCCUCAGUUUGCCUCCAUUUAUCACGACACUCCUCAACUAAACCAAGUGAAUCAAAAGCAGGUUUCUGGAGUGAUCAAAGUGGGUUCUCAUAUUGAUCAUUCGAUCAAUGCGGAACCAGACACUAGCUCAAAUGAAAAAAUCCCCAUCAAAAUAGCUCCUAGUCGAUUAAAUGAUCCGCCACAGUAUGAAGGUGGGUUUAAUGUUAACGUGCCGUUAUCAUAUGGCAUGUCUGAGCAACAUGGAGACACAAACGCCCAUAUAAUAAACCAUGAAGGAGGCAAAAUAGCUGUUCAAGCUAACAACAUUCCAUUUGUUGUGUUUAAUAACAGCUACAGUAAACACCCCAAUCAGUAUUCGCUUUAUCCAAACUCAGCCGACUUAACCGGCACCACUCAAAGGCCAAACUUGCAAAAUAGGCCUGCAUAUGCAGACGCUCCCGGGGUUUCGCAUGAGCAGGCAUUAAGGCCGAGUACAGCAAACUAUGGACACGGGCAAAAGUCUGAGAACUUCAACCAUGAGCCUAGCGACAAUUUGCCUGCUAGUGAUUUAUCUGUGGCUCUUAGACCCCCACAAAACCCUAACAUUUAUCCAGACAACUCAAAGCCUAACAGACCGAUCAGAUUUAACAAGCCAAAGUACAAUUAUCCCCCAAAGAGAAACAUGCAUAGACCCAGGCCAAAUAGACCCCAAGUCCAAAUAUCCGAGUUCAUGACUCCGCCACCUUCAAUUAAGCAGCACAUAUCCAAUCGUCCUCCUUUCAGGCAGAGCCCUAUUGAAGGAAACGGGCACAUUCCAAUUCCUUUAGUAGAAAAUCAAGAAUUUAAACCACCGAAUCAGGUGAGCGGGUUCGAUUCAAACCCACCACCGUUAGCGAAUCUGCAACCAAACUCCGAUGAAGUUUUCCCGAUCUUUGAUCCCAACAAAGGGCAGUCGUCGUUUAAUGUGGAUUUCCAUAGUAAUAAACGUCCGAGUGCCAAUAACUACCAUCAAGAGAACCUUCGGCCAGAUGCUGAGAAGGAUGAUUUGUUCAGUGAUGAUCAUUUAGACGAUGAUUUUCCGAAUGAGGACGGCGAAGUGGUGCAAGAAUCGAACGCCAGGCCUUUAAGGCCAGGAGAACUGCCAAUAGAGGUGCUGCGAAAGGGACAACCGACCACCACCGAGUAUGCUUUGAAUAUGGUUCGGUUCCCAGAUAGUUUACAAAACAACACUCAAAUUCGGUUUCCCUACAGUAAAUAUCCUAGGCCAGAGUUGGUGCAGCAAACGCUUUUCAAAGGUCAGGAGAUACCGAUCAGUCCUGCGGAAGUGCCGUUUGAUUUUGGUAACCGAAAACCGCCACAUCCCGCCAGGCCUCCUUCAACAGGAUAUAGAAUUACCACAUUUAAACCCACAUUUAAUUUUAACACUUAUUCAUCGAAUCCGCAAACUCAAACUGAGGAAAAUAGAUUGGACUUCAAUAGAAAGCCGAUAGAAUCUACACAAACAACAACUCAAGCUAACAGGGGCCAACCCCGAAUAAAUAUGACCUCGAGUGGAGGUUCCAGCAGUACCCAGAGACCCAUCCUAAUAUUCAUAGACGAAAAUGGGCAGCAAAAUGGGUUCUUCCGUAAGCCGACUGUUAAGAACGAUCGGCCCAGAGUGACUUCUUUGCCGAUUGACCCGCAAACCUCUACAACAAUCGCAACAACACGAAAGCCCAAAAAACCAGAAACUCAAACAGAGAAACCAUUUGACGCAUCUAAAUAUCCAGCUAAACAGCAAACGAAUGAAAUUAAUAUUCCUAUAGUGGAUGAUGAUAAAACCAAAAAUCCCGUCAUGGGAGGACCAACCAGGCCCUCAAUUCUGCUAAACAGUGGUGAAAACUUCGGUGUGGAUCUCACGCAGCAGAUCAACGACAUGGAAGUGCUUCAGCCUCCUCCGCUUCUUGAAGAAGUCCCAAAAAUUCCCAGCGUUUCAAUGCAACCGCCUAAAAUCGAUAUCAGUUCCCCUGGUCAUGAUAUCGUUAGAGUGCCACACAUCAAAACGAAAUCGCCAACAGAUCAGGAAGGAAAUGCAAAUACCAUAAAACCGUUUGUACCUGAACCGUCUGAAGAAAUGGUGCCUCCGGCGCCAGAUAUUCGGCCGGACAGCGCAGUUCCCACAACAGAAGUAGUUUUGGGAAUGAACCCACCGCCCCUAGUUUCAACCCACAGACCUUUAAUUUCCAGCGAACGUCCCAUUGUACAUGAAAGCAACAAUGAGUUUUCUAUGCAAGUUGAUAUUCCCAAGGAUCCGCAUACGACCUUAAAGACAUACGAACGCCCAAAGACUAGAAUGCCGCCUUUCAGAAAACCGCCGGGUUACCGACGAACCAGCACCACUACCCCUACAUCUUACACUUCGAGUACCAGCACCAAGAGAACCACUCCUCAGGAGAAUUUCAAGACAAGAACUUCAACUACUUCCCGUCCUCUUAACGUCGGCUUUUCUGGGGUGUUCAGUAAGGAGAAUAAUUCUGAAAAUGGUGGGCGUCAACAGAGCAAAAUCCCAUCGACUUCCAGUACAAUCUCACCAACACCCACAGUUAAGAACACUCCUAGCAUGGAAGUCAUUGUAGGCCAGCCUAAUUUCAACCAGAACAAGGAGAACAAUAGGCUGAAAGAUAACAAAAACACCUCAUCUGAAAAUCAAGCGCAAGGAUCAAGUAGAGAGCCUUCUUCCACUACUGAAGCCACUCCAGAACUGUCGAUUACUGUUCCCCAAGACUUAAACGAUAUAAUCACUAAACCUAUCCAUCAUGCAGGCAACGAGGUGAAAAUUGUAGACGAACCAAAGAAAUCCAUUGCAACCAGCAGUUUGAUCGAAAAGUCUGCUGUGUUGCCUACAAGGUAUAUAACGCACACUAAAACACAUACUGUAACCAUCACAAAAACUACGGUGGUGAAGACAUUGGGAGGCCCUCCAAGUACUCUGACGCUGCUGGUAACCAAAACCGAAAAGAGCUACAUUGUGGAUACGGUAACAGAAUUCCACACUCUGGUUAAACCAACUAGUAUAAUAGAAACCGUUACAACUACCAUACAAAAAGAAAACUCACUAUAUCCAAGCGAUGCGUUCCAAAGCAGCUAUCCAAUUGGGCAAGUGAAAGCUACCUCAGUAGUCUCCAAUGUAGGCAAACCUACUAUUGUUCCUCCCAACGAACAUUCACCACAUGUCUUCAGUUCGGAAGAAAACCAUGGCUUUGAUGACGACGAAAGUGAUGAUGACGACUCUUUGGAAGAUUUCAUUAUCAAAGACACUGAUGAAGAUCACAGUUCCAGUCAAGGAGCCCAGGAAGAAAGCUACAAUAGCAACGAAUCGAUCUUUGUUGUGAUGACCGACAAAAAUAAGGGCACUAUUAUAAAAAUGCCUCCUCAAAUCCCUGAACCCAACAGCAACGAUCAUCCGCAACGAGACGAAAUACGGGAGAAUGAGGUGAACGACAUUCUUUUAGGUGGCAUCCUCACCGCCAAUCAACCGGUAAAUGUGCCUGGUUUAUUUGGGGAAAACAAUAAGGAAAAAUGCACUCCCGAAUGUAAACCGAGCAGGAAUGAAUUGUGCCAAAAGGUUGAAGGGAUGAUGAGGUGCGUGUGCAGACCUGGAUUCGCCAGAAUGUUCCCAGAUAGACCAUGUAAUCCUACAUACACGUACAGCAUGAACGUUACUAUUGAGAAAAUUGGCAAGCUUCCUGUUAGAUAUACCGAUAGACUUUCCAUGGAAAAUAGUACAGAGUUUAUGAGAAUGUCCAGAAGAGUUCAUGAGGCUUUGGAUCGAAUGGUUAUGCAAUCUGAUCUGAGGGACAUAUUUCAUGGAGUUCAUGUCACAUCGUUCUAUCCCACCCAAAAUAGAAAUGGUGUUAUCAGCAAGUUUUAUCUUCAGCUUUCAGAUAAUAUUGACGAAAUUCGCAUGGAGGAUAUUUUGAAAAAAUAUUUGAGAAACAGCAACUAUUCGAUAGGAGGCACUGAUGUAAUCGCCUCAACCCAUACGGCAGGCCACAUAAACGUGCAGGACUUUAACGAAUGCGAAAAUCCCAAAUUCCAUGACUGUUCGGACAAUUCACAAUGUUUCAAUUUGAGAGGCACAUACACCUGUUCGUGCAAAGAAGGAUAUUCGGAUCUUUCCGAAAACAUGCUUUAUCCGGGCAGGAUUUGUAGCGCAGAGCAAGUGGGUUGUGAAAAAUGCAACUACCACGGCAUGUGCUAUUCGAGAGGCUCGGAGGAAGUUUUAUGCGAGUGUUUCCACUGGUAUGCUGGAGAAUUCUGUCAGAUCAACCUUAAAGUUCUUCUGAUAGCCUUAGUCACACUGGGCACGAUCUUAUUCGUCCUUCUGCUCGUUUGCAUAAUAUUAACGUGCGUUAAAAAGAAGCCCCAAAAAUCGAGAGUAUCCGGUACUAUUGGCUUCUUGCCCCAAAGAGGAAGCAACCAAGCAAAAGCAGUAAAAAUGGAUAGACGCGCAAUGAUUGAAGACACAAGUUCAGAAGAUAGUCGAAGCGAAACGAAUUCUGUACCUCCAUAUGUCCAACAAAAACAACCAAAAUUGAAACCGCCUCCGCCAAAAGGAGCUUUGAAGAAAGUUUCGAAAGUGUCUAUGACUAGUGUAGAACACUCUGAACCCGGAAUAAUUUUCCCAGAUCAAAAAGAUCGAUCUUUGACUGUGAUGAUUCCUAGAGCUAAAUAUCAUCCAGCUGCUCACACCUCGCCUUUAAUGAACUACACCACAUUUGACGCCAGAAAACCGAGUGUUCCAUCUGUAACGCCCGAAGCCAAACUCCUUAGCUAUUUGGAUGCUGGUCCAGGCCCUUCAAGAACGGAGUCCAAACGUAAAUAUAGCAACGCAAUUAGCGAGCAGUUUAUAGAAGAACAGCCGAAUUCGCGGAAAACUUCAGGAGCGCUAAUUUCAGCCGGUUUUGAAGUAUCCGCAACGGUGGUAAAUAAUAUGGGGACCUUAGGUACAACUUGCGGGACUGAAGCUGAUAGAAGUGAAAAUGCCACUUUGAUUCAAAAGAUUAGUGCAGAUUUGCUGUCGAGAGCAGACACGUCUUCUCAAUUCAAUACGUUAAGAAAGUCACUAGUUGAUGACGAUUUGGAAUCCGGCAGUAACUGGAUGGAUAUUCCUCGAAUAAGUACUGUUUCGGAAUCCAGAUCAUAUGACGAAACGACCAUACCUCCUCCAAUGAAGUCCUUCACCAGGAGUGAAUAUGACACAAAAUCAUUCAAGUCACUGAACCAAAAUGAUGAGGCAAAUACAAUGGCUGAGCGCGAUUUGGGAUCGACGUUUUUGCUACCACAUACCCAUUUGUAUAAACCAGACAGGGGGUCAGAUAUAUCGGGUUUUGAAUCUCUAUAACAACAUAUGUAGAGUAGCAGAAACACGCUCAAAAUGUCCCAUGCGAUUGUCAAUGUGCCUUACUUAUUAUAUUAGUACUUAUAAUUUUACUGCUAAUUCUUAACAAAUAUGAAUAAAAGAUGUUGUAGCUAAGAUACAAUAUUGUCGAUCAAAAUUGUUAAUGAUUAAGAAAAACUAUACUGGCCAUAAUUUAUUUAAAACCCCUGUAUAUAAUUUAUCGUAAAAAUUCGACGUUUUCCAGUUAGACUGUGCAUUGCAUCAGAAAUCGACAGGAUGCU